GUAAAACAAAAACUGUUUAUGAAACUGUCGAUUUAAACAUCAAGGUCGGAAGGUAUUGGUGCAUUGCAAGCGAUAGAAUGCAUGAUUGAUAAGGAUUUAAUUGAAGCAUUUGAAUAAUUGGCGAAUGUUGGACGAUUUGUUUAAUUUACCGCCGGGUAUUACCUAUAAUCUAUUUAAAGCGAUUCGUUUUCAAAAUACAUUUUACAGCUUCCUGAUAAGCUGAGCCGGCAAGAUGAGCUCGUGCUUGCGAAGUUUCCGUCUGGUUGAAGGUGUUUGGACGCCAUUGUGUAUAAAUACAGCUGAUCGCACCGAUCUUCGUUACACUUUGCUGUUGAAUUUUCGCUUGUCAACAGCAAAUAGCGCUCUGCUGGAACACCGAAAAUGACAACCUUCCGGUACGUUUGGCUAGCUUGCCUCGGAGCGUUCAUCAUCAUCAUCUCCACAGCCACAGCCGCUCGCCGACCCACAACCGUCGUGUCCGACGUCUGCUCGACCUCGUUCACCGACGGGCCGUUUGAAACGCGGGACGCGUACCGUCAGCGUGUGCGCGAUCCGAACAAACACAUCUCGGCCCGGCUCGUGCGCUACCUCACGUUCGGCGGCAUUCUGCAAGCGAUUGCGGAGAAAACGAACCUUCCCCGGGACGGGCUGGUAGCUGGCGGCGCAAGCCAGUUUCAGGAUCAGCACAGCGGCCUGGGCCGAACCGUCCACGCGGCCCACAUCAUUCGCGUCGGCACGAUCGAUAAGCGCCUGGGCAGGCAGGACUCGGCGCUGCACACAGCGCUGACCAACUACAUUGGCCACACGCAGAACGUGCUGCGGGCGGCAAACGCGUGGCACGGUGUCGGCGGCGCAAUAGAUCGCUUUCAGUCGGACAAUCUGGACGCGCUGGGUAGGAUCGAUUUUAACGCCCCGUUCGAUCGGGACCAGCGCAUUGCGGUGGAGCAGCUGACCGAACGUUUCCGGGACGUGAUCAGCGCUUACGUUCGGGAUGGAACGCACGAGGAGAGCGACAGGCAGAUACUGGAUGAGGAUAAGAUGAUAGUGAACUGCAUGCUGCCGCUGAUGCUGUUCGAGGAAGGCAAGGCCGGGUACGAUCUGGUGACGAGCGGAGACUUUGUGGCGCACUAUGGUAGAACGAGCAGAACACGUUAAAUUUGUACCAGCAAAGGAACGCAUUAAACAACACUGAAGUAAUUUAACGAGCUGCAAAACAGACCGCAACCAGACACGCGGACCAACACGGUUAUCACAUUGCAUCCGAAAUCUCGUCUUCAAACUUAUCAGCAAAUCGAUGCAUUGCACGUGAAGCGUCUUCCUGCUUGUGAUAAUAGCCCACACACACACAUGCACGCGGCCAUCGAACGAAACACCGGGAAGAAUUCGCAAAUAAAAACCCACCC